AUGAAUAUAUACUUUAAGCCAAGUGUCUUGAUAUUGUUUUUAUUUUACAUUUUAUUGAAUGGAAAGUUGUGUUACAAUGAUACUCAUGAUAUCACCUAUAUUCCUCGAACAUUUGUCAUUGCCAAAAGGUGUGCAAGAAUAGGUAUUGCUCAGAUUCCAGCUAUUUUCCUCCUCAUUACAAAAGGUGACUUUAUAACGGGUGUAACUGGCCUCACAUAUGAACGUACAACAUUUCUUCACAUUUGGUUCUCAUUCAUGAUGUUUGUUGUUGUCACAUUCCACGUAGCUGUUGUGUCAUACUACUGGGACAAACCAGAAUGGACAAGCAUACACCCCAGGUACCCUAAAAAUGUCUAUGGAAUACUUGCUUAUGUCACUUUUGUAUUACUUGCCUUGGGUAACGUCAAAUUCAUACGUAAAUACUGGUACGAUCAAUCAAUGCUUCAUCAUCGUGCUCAAUCCUUUAUCAUGUUGCUUAUGGCAUUUUUCCACAAUAACAGCACAAAAGCCAUGUUGAUUGUGGGUGUUCAUUUAUUGGUCCUUGAUAAAGUUAUUGGGCGUAUUUAUGGUAUUGUUCACAGUAAGAAAUCACCUACCAAAGGUUGGUCGCAAUUUGAAAUGUUGGAUGAUGAUAUCAUGAAGGUCUCCAUCCCCAUAAAAAUUAACAAGAAUUUCAACCCCAACUCAUGGCUGGGGCUAAUAAAGUUCAAGUAUGGCAACUGGAAAGCUGGCCAGCACAUUUAUUUCAACGUUCGAAAGAUUGAUUUCUUUCAGCACCAUCCGUUCAUGAUUGCUAGCUUGCCCGGAUGCGGGAAGAUGGUUAUCAUUGUGAGAAAAAGAAAUGGCUUUACUAAAAAGAUGUUUGAGAAGUUUAUCAAGCUUCAAGAGAAACAGUUGAAUGGAGAGGAAACAGAAAUGGACUACAUCUGUUGGUACAGACCAAAGUUGGACAAAUGUUUUGCAAAGUUGAACCCAAUUUUUUCAAAAUUGGAACCUCUAUUGCACAAAUUAAAACUUAAAUCAACAAAGAGUCAAGACCUGGCUGCAGAGCAGGAUAUCAGCACAGCCUUACCAGAGUACAGAAAGGUAAUCAAUCCCGAAAUAGUUACUUUGAAGGUGGCAUUUAGGGGACCGCUGGGAGGCAAGUGUCAACCGUUAUUGACAUUUGACUCAGUGGCAUUCUUUGCUGAAGAUCUUGGGGCUUCAUUUAUUUUACCAGUAUGUUUGGACUUGUUGCAAACUAUUGAUAGAAAAGAAGUUGGCAAAGACUACUUGGGAAGACCAGCACACCCUAUGAUUUCUAUUUAUUGGUCGGUCAAGUCCUGUAAAGCUAUAGGCUAUUAUAGUCAUUUGAUUAACAAGUUGAUUCCAUUUAUCAAGGCAGGCAAAUUACAAAUCUCAGUUUUCGUCCAAGGACCAAAUUCAAGGGAGCCAACAUUGGAGUUGAACCCAUUCAAGCCAAGUGUGUCCUUCUCAAAAAAGGGUACCGAGAUUGAUGUCACAACUGAGGUAGAGAAAUACAAUUCAGCAGACUCCUCGGACUUUGAGAAUUCGCUAAUUAAAAAGAGCUUCCAGCCGAUGGAUAUUGACCAAACGCUAAAAGCUCACAUCACUAGUAUCCAAUACUCAAGCAAUAAUUACUUCAAGUCUUUGGCUAUCUUGAGCUGUGGAGAGGACGUCAAUUUUGGCAAGAGUGUUGAGUACUAUGUUCAAAGCUAUAGGUGGGUGAAGGAGGCUCCAAAUAUCUAUUUCUAUAAUGAAUCGUAUUACACAUAG